UUUGGUGUCUUCAGCUCUCCGACUGUUUGCUGGAAUAUUCCGGGAGAUGUUUUAAAGACAUGGAUCAAUCACUAGAGGGAAACUAUUCCAUUAAAACAGUCAACAGGCGUCUGAGGGAGAGGAGAUGAACGGCUGGGCUUUUAUUUCACUUCCAAGACUUUUUACUCGUGGAUCGCCUCCUCAGUUGUGAGCAUAGCCGUGAACUGUAGCUCAACAGUUGGUCUGUAAAAGAGUUACUGUGACUUUUACAAUAGAGUUUAGAGUUGGACUUUUUUGACUCCAAGUAUGGCAGGCUCAUCGAAGCUGAAUAACACACCUGGUAGGAUAUAAGACAUUUUAUAAAGAAAUCCUGAUUUUCUGGACACAUCUCAAGUGAGAUAAGAAAAAAAUAUUCACAAUUUGAUAUAGACUGGAACAGAAGACUAUUUAUAUUUGAAAGCAAUCUAAAACGGAGGUUAUUACAAGAAUCACUUCUUAGUGAGUCAAAUGGCAGAGGAAUAUGAACCGUGUGAUACGUCAGAAUUUAUUAAAGAUCGGCUGUACUUUGCCACUCUACCUGUCAAACCAAAGAAUACAGCCAACACACACUACUUCAGCAUGGAUGAGGAGUUCAUAUAUGAGAGUUUCUAUGCAGACUUUGGGCCUCACAACCUGGCCAUGCUGUACAGAUACUGCUGCAAAAUCAACAAGAAGCUCAAGUCCUUCACAAUGUCUAAAAAGAAACUGGUCCACUACACCAGCUAUGACCAGAAGAAGAGAGCAAAUGCUACUCUUCUCAUCGGUGCCUAUUCUGUCAUCUAUUUGAAAAGGAGUCCAGAAGAAGCCUACAGGACUCUGAUCUUAGGAAACAACACAGGCUACCUACCGUUCAGGGAUGCAGCAGUGGGAGAGUGCUCCUUCAACCUUACUAUCCUCGACUGCUUACAAGGAAUCCACAAGGCAUUACAGCAUGGUUUCUUUGACUUUGAGAGUUUCGAUGUGGAGGAAUAUGAACAUUAUGAGCGAGUCGAGAACGGGGAUAUAAACUGGAUCAUUCCAGGGAAAAUUCUGGCAUUCAGCAGUCCUCACCCUCACAGUAAGAUAGAGAAUGGUUAUCCUCUCCACGCACCAGAGGCAUACUUUGCAUACUUUCGCCAAAAUGACGUCACAGCUGUAGUCCGUUUAAACAGGAAGUUGUAUGACAGCAGGCGGUUUGAGGAUGCAGGAUUUGAGCACCAUGACCUCUUCUUCCUGGAUGGGACCACACCCUCUGACCUCAUCAUCAGGCGCUUCCUGCACGUGUGUGAAAGUACUGAAGGGGCUGUGGCCGUGCACUGUAAAGCUGGCCUGGGCCGUACAGGCACAUUGAUUGGCUGCUACCUGAUGAAGCACUUCCGGUUCACUGCAGCUGAGGCUAUUGCAUGGAUCAGAAUUUGCCGGCCGGGAUCCAUCAUCGGUUCUCAGCAGAACUUCUUAGAGGGGAGACAGCACAGUUUGUGGGUCCAGGGUGACGUCCAUCGCUCCAAACAGAAGCUCCUUCAGCAGAGACUGAGUCGACGGCAGCAGCUACAGCAACAGCGUCAACAGCAGCAGCAGCUUCACAGCCCUGACUCUGAGGGAGGGAAACAGGAAGCCAUGUCCCGCCUACUCUCCCGCGUGGAUGACCUGUCAAUCAACACCACCCUUUACAAAUCACACAGCUUGGAUGAGAAGGAUGGCCAGGAAGGCAGUCUAACUCAGGGAGACAAACUGAGAGCGCUGAAAGGAAGACGACCACCUAGAUCAGCCUCCUCCUCCUCAAGGUUAAACCUGUCCAAGGCCUCUGACUGCUCCAUUCUCCCACCCCCUAAGUCCCCUAAAGUCCCAAACUCCUUCUCUUCCUCUUUCUCCUCUUCUAAGAAGCUGGUAAGAAGCUCGUCCUCCUUCGCCACGCAGAUCAAGAGUCCCUUCAGCCUCAGUCUGUUCAGCACCAGGCCUGCUGCCAUUCACUGACUUCACAGUCAUGUUGGCUGAUGAGGUCAAAAACCGGAACACCAACAUGCUGCGGUUAUCUAUGCCUCAAACAUUUUAUCAACCUUGACAAAUGGUUUAGUUAUUUGUCUAACAAAGUAUUUGUAGGGUUUCACAUAACCAAUAGUUUUGUAGACUCAAUUCAAAGUAAGGAAACACUUAUAUUUCUUUAACAUUGACACCAAAAUGAAUCUCUAUGUCUCCGGUAGAUAAUGAACAAAUGAUAUGUUGGAACGUAAAACACACAAAAUUGUGGAAAAUAUUGUAAUUUCACAUACAGGUAAUUAACAAUGAUGAACUAAGUUUAAUUAAUAAAGUGGUUAUUGACAAAUCUACGUACAGUACUAGUACGCUGAAACACAUCCGUACGGAAGUACUGAGAUCCUUUACUUAAAGGAACAGUGUGCAACAUUUCGUGGGAUCUAUUAGCAGAAAUUAAAUAUAAUAUUCAUUGGUGUAUAAUCAGCUUAAAACUAAGAAUGAGUCCUUCAUAUCUCCAU